AUGACUUUCUCCCUGUGUCUGACAUUCUUCACACUCGUCAUAUUGCGGUCUCCGGCCGAUGUUCUCUAUGUAAUAGAGCAAAUGAAACAAUUUUUCAUGCUCUUUUUAUUGCAAACGUGCAAAAAAGAAGAAUACCAUGCUGCCAACAUCAAGAAGACUGCUGGUUUUUCUACACCAGUAGCAGCACAACAUGCGGCUGUGUCACGGAAUAUGGAUUGGAUGAACCCUCCUUCGGGUCGCCUGAAAUUGAACACAGAUUCAACGAUUGACACAAUGAAUAAUCUUUCUGGUUUUGGAGCAGUCCUCAGGAAUUGUUCAAGCCAAAUUAUAGCUGCCAUGGCUAUCCCCUUUCAAGGAUGUUUCUCACCAGAAAUUACAGAAGCUUUAGCUCUUAUGCAUAGUCUUCAAUGGAUCAAGGAAUCUGCUAAUAAUGCUGUGCACCUGCUUGCGCGGUUUGGUCUUUCAGUGGAAUCUAAAUGUUUAUGGAUGGAGGAAAUGCCUCCUCCCCUAAUGCCUAUUUUUGAGGAAAACAAAGAGACACUGGUUCGAUGGUCGGACCACAUGGUCCGAUGGGGUCCGAUUGGAAGAAAAAUUGUCAACAAGUGCAAGGGCGUUCCUUUAGCUGUAAAAUCAAUGGCUGGUCUUUUACGAUCGAUGCGAACUUGUGAAGAUUGGAGACAUGUACUACAAAGUGAUGCGUGGAAAAGACAUGACUGUCGCGACAUCGGAAUUGUUCCAGCUUUGUGGUUGAGCUAUAGAUUUCUACCUCCUUAUUUGAAGCCUUGUUUGUCUUAUCUAUCAAUAUUUCCCAAAGAUUACGAAUUUCGUGAUGUUGAUAGAAAACAACUAAUUUUGAUAUGGAUGGCGGAAGGUCUUUUACAGCCUCAAGAAGGAAGAACAAUUCAAAAUGUUGGAGAAGACUACUUGAAUGCUUUAAUAUCGAGAUCAUUUUUUCAAAGAAACACAAGAAAUGAUUCUUUUUCUAUGCACGAUCUUAUUCAUGAUCUUGUUGUGUAUGUAUCUGGUCAGAGUUUUUUAUUGUAUGAUCGCUACACAAAAGACUUGCACGAGCUAAGUAGCAAGACUCAUCAUCUAUGUUACUAUUAUUUAUUCAAUACAAAAGAAAUUGACUUUACUAAAGUGAAGAAUUUGCGCAGCCUGAUUUCAUUACCAUUUAGUUCAAUUUCACCUUCAUGUCUUGAAACAUUUGUGCAAGAAGUUGUGUUAAGGAAUGGAGGACUAAGAGUUCUUUCUUUUGUUGGAGAGCAUAUUGAUUCGAUUAGAAAUUUAAAGCAUUUGAGGUACUUGGAUGCAUCGAGUAGAGAAGUGAAAGAGUUACCUGCUUCUAUUUGUGGGUUGCACAAUUUGGAAACACUGUUGUUGAGUGAGUGCAGAAUGCUCACCCAGUUGCCUGAUUCGAUUGGAAAUUUAAAAUAUCUCAGGUACUUAGAUGUAUCUUACACAAAAGUCAAAGAGUUACCUGAUUCUGUGUGUCUCCUGUAUAAUCUGGAAACACUCUUGUUGGAAUCUUGCAAUGAACUCACUUUGUUGCCUACCAAAAUAUGUGAGCUAAUCAACCUUCGCCAUCUUAACAUCAAAUGGUCGUCAGUAGAAGAGAUGCCGCCGAGGAUAUGCAACAUGAAAAAUCUUCAAAAGUUAAGUGAUUUUGUUUUGUGUGAAAAUGAUGGGUACAAGAUCAAAGAGUUGGGUAGGUUGGAUAAUCUCCAUGGACGCUUGUGUAUUUCAGGGCUUGAGCAUGUUAGAGAAGUGAGUGAUGUUUUAGAAGUCAACUUAAAUCACAAAGAGUAUCUCACAGAGCUUAGAUUGGAAUGGAAAUGGUAUUGUGAAACAAAUGAUUCUAUUAGGGACAGAGAAAUACUUACUGCACUCCAACCACAUCCAAAUUUGAAGAGCCUCGAGAUAGUCUGUUAUGAAGGUACGAAAUUGCCGGAGUGGGUAGUAGAUCCAUUGUACUCUAAUUUGGAAGUAGUUUUUCUAAGCGGUCAAAAUUGUUGUUUGUCUUUACUAUCAUUUCAGCGCCUGCGUUCAUUGAAAAAGCUUGAUAUUGUGGGCAAAAUCCAUGUAUCUAAUGAAUUUUGUAAUAAUUCUUCGCAUGAUUCAUUUCCAGUUUUAGAAGAGAUACAUCUCGAAAGGAUAACUGCAUUAGAUUGGUCGUCUAUCAAUACAAAUUAUCAAAAUGGUGACAUUUUCCCCUGUUUGAAGAGCUUUGCUUUACAUUCCUGUAGGAGUGUAAAGGUGGCAUUACCUAUGGGUAAUUUUCCAUCUUUGGAAGUGCUCUAUGUUAUCAGUUGUGAUGAAUUGGUGACUGUAUUUCCAUCCAGUAGUACUGAUAUUGAUGUUGCAUAUCCCUCCCUUAAAAGUUUGAAAAUAAAGGAGUGUUCAAGGUUGGAGUUAGUUUCAGAAAUGGGAUUACUGCCCGUUUCUUUAGAAAGUCUACAUAUUGAAUCCUGCAAUACGGUGAUAGGAAGUCGUAUGCAAUGGAAUUUGCAGAGACUCUCAAAGUUGACUGAAUUAACACUUGGCGAUUAUGGAGGAGUGGUGGAUUCAUUUCCCGAGGAAGGGCUGCUCCCACCUAGUUUGACAAUUCUUUACAUAAUGAACUUUGAUAAGCUUACAGCUCUAAACGCCAAUGGUUUUCACCACCUCACCUCACUUCAACAGUUGCUGCUUUUUAGGUUGGAAAAGUUAGAGUGCUUGCCAAUAGGACUUCCCCAGACUCUUACUACUUUGUGGAUAGAAGAUUGUCGUCUGUUAAUUCCAAGUGAUAGUUCGUUGGAUGAGGUGAGGACUGAGGAGCCGUUGGUGUCAUUUAGCACGGACUUGUGUGACUUUUGA